AUGUCGGAGGAGGCAGAGAGAGCACCAAGAACCAAACGCAUCUUUAUUAACCAUGUUGAUUUGUACUGCACCAAAAACAUCGGCAAGUAUUUGUCAAACUGUAUAGUGGGAGCCUCGCUUGAAGAAGCCGGAGAGGAUGGCGAAGAAGAGGAAAAACAAGCAAACGAAGAGGAAAUGUCACUCAAUAGAUCAAAACAAGGACUUUUCCAAAUAGUUGGAACUCUGUCAAAUCACAUUGGCAAGAAACCAGAUUUCACUGUGGAAACAUAUACAAUCACAAACCGAGACGAGUUGUUAAGCCACCUGCUAGAGUGUGAUAUAAUUGUUUACAAUAUCACAGAAGAUGCGUCUCAGAUUGACGAAGCUUUGUGGGCAGCUUCUGCACUGCACACGGAGAUUCAAAAUUUUGAAAACCCAAAAAUGUUCAUACUGAUUUCUACAGUCAUGACAUGGGCACGAAGUAAACCUCUUGAUCCGGAUGAUCCUGAAAUUCCUUUCACAGAAGAUGACUAUCGAAGACGGAAGUGUCACUUAAAUUUUAAAGAUCACCUUAGUGUUGAAAAACUUGUGAUUAAGCAUGGAAAAUCAAACAAAGGUAGAUUUUCAACCUAUGUUGUUGCUUCUGGCCUUCCGUAUGGAGCAGAUGAAGGAGUUUUGCACACAUUUUUCAAGGAAGCGUGGCUUGGAGAGACCUCUGCGUUACCUGUGUUUGGAGAUGGAUCUAAUGUUAUCCCAAUAAUACAUAUUAAUGAUUUGGCUAGUGUGAUACAAAAUAUCGUGGACCAUCGACCAAGGACCCACUACUUAGUUGCUGUUGAUGAUUCGGUACAUACCCAACAGGAAAUUGUUAAGUGUAUCAGCACUAAGCUCGGUCCUGGAAAAAUCCAACGUGUUUCCAAAGAAAAUGCAUUCCUGAGAAAAGAGUUAAAUCAAUUAGAAGUUGAUACCUUGCUUGUAAAUUUGAGAAUGGAGGCUGUAUACUUGAAAGAAAAUUUUAAUAUUAACUGGGUCGCUCAGGCUGGUCUGAUUGAGAAUAUUGAUUCUGUGAUCGAAGAAUACAAGAAAUGCAGAGGACUUCUGCCUGUGCGAAUCUGUAUACUUGGUCCUCCUGCAGUAGGAAAAACAACAGUCUCGGAAAUAUUGUGCAAACAUUAUAAACUUCAUCACAUUAAAAUACAAGAUGUAAUUACAGAAGCCAUUGCCAAGCUGGAAAGCCUUGUACAAGCUCAAGAUCAGGGAGUGGAAGAGGAAGAGGAAGAAACAGAGGAAGUGACAGAAAAUUUGCAAGAAAUGUUGGAGUCCGUGAAAGAGAACAUGGAACAAAAUGGAGGCCGUUUGGAUGACACCUACGUGAUCAAGUUUAUGCGGGAAAUGUUAAAAUCCAUGCCUUGCCAGAAUCAAGGUUAUGUGUUGGAUGGUUAUCCCAAGACCUACGAACAAGCAAAAGAGCUCUUUAACUUGGAAGGGGAGGAAGAAGAGGAAGAAAGCAGAGGCAAAAUACCCCAUUUUGAUAAGACCAUCACCCCAGAAUUUGUUUUUUCUCUGGACGCCUCGGAUGAAUUUCUUAAAAAUCGAGUGAUUAAUCUUCCCGAGAGUGUUGUUGAGAACACACACUAUACUCAAGAACGUUUCCUGAAAGCUCUAAUCCAGUUCCGCGACUUAAACACUGAAGAUGAAACUGUUCUCAACUAUUUUGAUGAAGCUGAAAUCCAUCCAUACCACAUAGAUGUAUCAAAAGAUGAUGAUAUUGAGUACAGAGAUGUUUUGAGGCAAUUAAUAAAAAAUGUCGGAGAGCCUAGAAACUAUGGAUUGACACCUGAGGAAAUUGCAGAUCUGGAGCGCAAAGCAGCAGAGGAAUCGCUUACUCGCGAAGCAGAAAGACGAGCUGAGCAAGAGAGACUAGAAGCAGAAGAGGUGUCAGAAAAGAUAGCACGCUUAGAGGAAUGGAACAAACGUCUUGAGGAAGUAAAACGCCAAGAACAAGAGUUACUGGAAGCCCAGUCUGUACCUUUAAGAAAUUAUUUAAUGAAAAAUGUUAUGCCAACCAUCAUACAGGGGCUGAAUGAGUGUUGUAAGGUCAGACCAGAAGAUCCUGUUGAUUACUUGGCAGAAUAUCUCUUUAAGAACAACCCUAUGAUAGAAUGAGGAAUGCCCUGAAAAAAAUGUUUAUUCUUUAUUUUACUCAAUAAAAUGUAUAGUAAUAUUG